UUCUAAAUAGUCAGAGUAGACUCCUUUCAAGUGUUAAAUUAUUUGACGAUGAAAAAGUUGAGGAUGAACUUUUCCACGAUAGAGUGUGACAGAUAAAAUGAAGGAGAUGGGCAUAUUCCAAACAGUUAUUAGGAGCGCUGUCAUAGCAACGAUUGUCUUUCAUAAUGUAACAGCUUUUCCUGAAGGUCGAAUCGUUUCUCAAGGAGAAAAUGUUUUAGAAGUUUAUCAACUAGAUAUUAGUAGCGGAACUGAGCGUGAUUUUACAGAGAUCAAUAGAGGUCUCUGCCCACCUUCUCUGUGUGUCAGUCAAGAUGAAAGACCAACAGGUACAGGGGGCUCCGUCUUUUUUCAAGGAGACAUUGUCCUUGACGACAAGCUGAGCAAGAUAAUUUAUUCAGAGAAACACACCGCACGUCAUAGAAGAGCUCUAAUACAAGACCGGAAAAGACUCUGGGAUAACGGUGUGGUUUUUUAUGAAAUGAACGAGGACAUUAGCGAGAAUGCGGAACACAUUCUUCUGAGAGCCAUGAAGCACAUAGAAGGACAAACUUGUCUAACAUUCAAAGAAAGAAAGCGUCGGGACUUGGAUUUUAUUCUUUUUGUCAGUGAGGACGGAUGCUGGUCUAAAAUCGGUCGUGUUGGAGGAAAGCAGGUAACCAGCAUUGGGGUCGGCUGUGAGAAUUUAGGCACCGCCUCACACGAGAUACUACACGCACUAGGCAUUUGGCACGAGCAGUCACGUCCAGACAGAGACAGCUAUAUCAAUGUAUGGUACGAGAACGUCAUUGACCAAUACCAGAAAGACUUUGACAUGGUCAGUGAUGAUUUGACCACAUCACUACAACACGCAUAUGACUACCAGAGCCUGAUGCACUAUAGUAGAUUCGCCUUCUCCAGAAAUGGACAACCUACAAUACAGGUCACUGGUUUAGGAGAGGCACAUGGACUGUCCAUUGGUCAACGGGCGGGACUAAGUAAUAUGGACAUAGCACAAUUAAGAGAAAUGUAUGGCUGUAAUAAGAGACACAGUGAUUCAUUGAAUGUUUGUCGAGAAGGUUGGAUCAAACACCAGAAAUCCUGUUACCUUUUCAUGACUCAGCCCUCAGUGCAAUUUACAGAGGGUAACCGUGUUUGCCAAUCAAAGGGAGCACAUCUUCUGAUUAUCAACAGCAAGGGAGAACACAAAUUUAUAACAAAAUUGUCCAACGAAAAGUUUCACAAUGUUAAAAUUUGGCGUACAGCUGGAAAGAAGGUUAACGACAGCAUGGUGUGGUACGUUAACGAGACAGUCUUCCAGACGAUGUCUGAUUUCACUGACUGGUCGAGUGGGCACCCAGGUCAGUUGACAUCCGUCAUAUUGGUCAGGAACGAAACGACUAGAGAGUUCCAGUGGCAGGGUGAGUGGGCCGACUCCGGUGACAAUGGCGAAGACUUCAGACACCCAUUCAUUUGUGAAACCCUGACUACACGUCAAUGUGAAGAAAGCCAGUAUCCGGACCUACGUGAUUACAGAGGCCCACUGGACUACACGCAGGAAGGUCACACAUGUCAAAAAUGGACGGAAAGUUACCCCCAAAACCAUACAUUGGUCAACUACAGCAGAUCCUGGGCAGCUAGUCAAGAAAGGUCAUCCGUGGACGGGCUCGGUGACCACAACAUGUGUCGAAACCCCGACGGACUUCGACGUUCUCGGCCCUGGUGUUACACGACUAAAGUCAACAGAGUGUGGAGUUACUGUGACGUUCGAAGCUGCCAUGACGAGGUGGUCGGUGUCGUGUCAACAGACAUACCAGUUGAAAACGUGGAUACGUCUUUACCGGCUACAUCUAUGUCUCCUCUAACAGCAAAAGAAGUCACAGUGGUGACCACAUUCCCUGCGACACCAGCUAUGCCGAUAGCUAUCAUCCCACUGAUGCACCACCCGAUAAAAAAAUCACCCCAGAAAAAGAAACGUCCGAAAAAACGGCUCUGUAAGAAAGAUAAGUCAAGUGAUAAGUCAAGUGAUAAGUCGAGUGAUAAGUCAAGUGAUAAGUCAAGUGAUAAGUCAAAGAAAAAAGAAAAGAAAAAAGAGAAAGCAAAGAGUGAAAAGAAACACAAACAAAAGUCUCAUCCCCAAAAACCUUUUCAUAAACAUCAUCAUCAUCAUCAUCAUCCACAAAAAGGCAGGAGUCAUCGCAGUAAGAAUCAUCAUAAAAAAAGACGUCACUAAAGAUAGCACCACAAAUAAUGUCAAUGAAGAAAGAACACACCAAAAAGAAGGUCCUUAAACCAAAGCAGUUGUCAUCACUAAUGAAGCGUCAUAAAAGAAGAUUAAAAGAAGCCCAACCGUUAUAUUUAUUGAAAAUAAAACAGCAACUUCAGAGUCAAUACUUUUUAUUUUUCUAUAAUUCUAUGUCAUUUUUAUAGGGAAAAAAAAUGGGUGUCUUUAAUAAAAACACCUUUGGCCAUUGGUUUCCAUCAAUCGCCAGCCAUAAUGCCCUCACGUGUAGCAAAUAAUAAGUGUACAUAUUGUACUACAUAUACAAAGUAUGGCUUAUUUUAAUAGAUAGUUGGUGAGCUUCGUUUUCUGUUUUCAAAUUAGGCCUACUAUAACAGACAAUGAAAACAAUAUUCUAUACUAUAAAGUUGAAUGUAAUAUGUUACCAA